CAAUCAAAAAAGUCCGCGCCAGGCUUCCGUAGUUCAGUCACGUGAACGCUUCCCUGUUUUCAUGACUGAAAUUUAAACAAUUCGGAGAUGUAGCUUAAAUGUCUGCAGUUUAGCGUCGUUUCUUUUUUAUUUAUCGAAGUGCUACGUGUCGGAAAAAGGUUUUAUAUGCCGGAGUCCCCCAUAAAGGUGAAGUCAUUAUCUAAAGUAUCGAGUCAUGCUUCGGUGGUUUCUGGGAGGUCGAGAGGCGCAGAGCUCAGUGGAGAGAAGCGGCGUGCUGAGCAUCGGAGAGGAACAGCCCAGAAACUGCUUCACUGAGCUGCAGGUGCUCAAAGGACAUUUUGACAUCGUUCGAUUUCUGGUGCAGAUUGAUGACUUCAGGUGUGCGUCUGCGGGCGACGACGGGCUGGUCCUCGUCUGGAACAUCGAGACCGGCGAGAGGCUGCAGGAGCUGAGAGGCCACGCCCAGCAGAUCACCGCCAUCAUCGCCUUCACCUGCGAGGCCUCCGCCCACACGGCGCUCAUCACCGCCUCCUCCGACCGCAGCGUCAGCCUGUGGGAUCCCGACUCCGGAAACCGAGUCCAGACGGUGUCAGACCUGCAGUCCUCAGUGAAGUGUCUGCUGGGGCUGGAGCGUCUGUGUUUGUGGGUCUCCGGCGGGGAGGAGUUGUGCGUUUGGAGCAAAGACUUCCAGCUGCGGUGCCUCCAUCAGAAACACGGCGACAGCGGAGUAACCGCUCUGAUUGAGCUGCCCAAGAACCACCUGGCAGCGGCGGUGGACAGAGAGAUCGUCAUCUACCGACUGACGCUUUCCGAAGACUCGGACGUGUCGCUCACUAAGAUCCGAUGUCUGUCGGACCACCGAGACCAGAUCCGAGCUCUCAUCAAUGUCAACGACCGCCUCUUUGCCAGCGGCUCGCACGCCGGCGAGUUGAUCCUGUGGGACGCGGUCGAUUGGAACAACCUGAAGUACGAGCACAUCCUGUGGGAGGAGUCACAGCCAGGCGCCCAAAGCGAGAUCCGGAUGAAAGCUCCUCGGCCCAGCGAGAUGUCCAUCCAGCACCUGACCACCAACGGACAGCUGAUCCUGGCGGCGGUGGGCAGCGGCCUGUACGUGUACGACCUGCAGAGCAAAUCCGUGGCGGCCUACAGGAAGGCCGCGCACGACUCCAACGUGCUGCACACCUUGCUGCUGUCUGACAGUGAGCUGAUGUCGUGCUCUGAGGACGGCAGUGUGAGGAUCUGGGAGAUCCAAGACUUACCUUUACCUGCCGAGCCCGCCUCUGCAGGAUUCUUCGGGACCUGGACCUUCAGCCGCUCACACAAACAGUCGGCUCCUCAGUCCAAGAAGGUCACGGACUUCCCGAACACGCGGAAGCUGGAGCUGAUCGGAGAUCUCAUCGGACACUCGGGAGCCGUGCAGAUGUUCGUCAGCUUCGGCGAGGACGGCCUGGUGACGUGCUCCGCCGACCACCUGCUGAUCCUGUGGAAGGACGGCGAGAGGCAGUCGCGGCUGCGCAGCCAGGCGCUCUUCCAGAAGCUGGAGGAGAACGGAGGUCUUUGAAGGAACGUUUAGUCGUUUCUGCUUCCUGAUGGUCUGUUACGUUCUACGGAGAAACGCUUUUUUAAAUAUCAAAUCAUCUCGACUGAAAACUCACACGAUCAUUUUAGCUUCUUGUGUUUUAAAGGUUUUUUUUGCCAAAUAAUUUCCUGUUUUGCUGAUUUGCACUGAAGUUUCUCUUUUCAACAUUAUUUAUGAAUGAAUAAAUACUUUUACGUGUUAAAA